AUGACUGCACGAGACUACCAAUCGGAAGAUGAAGGGAACUUCGUGGCAGAUGAGCUCCUCGGGGAUGGAGCGGAGACUCCGGAGAUGGAUGACAGGGUCAGAGCAAUGUCUGUUCAACAGCUUGAGGAUGCCAGCCGUCUCGACAAGUCACGCAGCAAAGACGAAACGACAGAGGAGAGAGAUUCCAGGAGAAAGAGGUUUGUCAAAGACUUCUCCAGCCUCCGGCACAGCAGAAUGCGGCGAGGGGGCGGUAACUUUCUGCACUUUCUCGCCUCCCAAGAAUACAGCAUUAAGCUACGUCUAGAAUGGCUCAUGGCUCUGGCCAUCAAUAGGUUGCCGCACCUGAUGGGUCUUCUUGAUGACAGGAAACUUUCGCCUCUCAGCCUCGCCAUUUCGGUUGGCAAUAUUAAGUUUUCAUGGGCAGCAUGCGUGAGAAUGAAUAGCGCGAAGAAGGAGGUGAUUGGCGAAGCCCUGAAGUCCGAGUGUGAGGAGCUUGACAUAGACGCUGGCGUGACCUGCUUACACAGAGCAAUUUCGAGUGGCCUCAUGCCUAGGCUGAUCCAAGAGCUCAUCAAGUUUGUCCCGUAUAGCAUGCUCAGUGCGGUCGAUUCUCGGGGCCGCACUCCGCUGCAUCUAGCUGUCGAAUACAGCAAAGGCAGCCCUGACCAGGUCCAUAUCGUGCAGCUAUUGUUGGAAAGAGGCCCUGCAGCUUUGAAGUUUCGCACCACACGCGCGUUGGGCACCUGUUCCGUUUACCAGUAUCACGAAAGAGCGCGUAAGGAGCAUUGA